AUGCCGAACGGACUGCUCAAAAUCACGGGAUUACCACUCGAUACGAGCUGUAUUCAGUGUGAUGUCACCAUUGAAGACCCUUCCGUAACUUCGUUGUUGAAUUCAUCGUUGAAACCAAAGAAAUCGAAGAAAAAAACUGAAAAUGCCGACAAGAAGGAUGCGGCAGCAGAAGCCGGUGAUAACUGUGGAGACAAGAAAGAAGUAGAACAAAAGGCAACCGAAGUGAAAUCGAAAGUGUGA